AUGAUGGAUCCUCACGCCCAUAGGACGCCUUCGCCGGGCCACCCGCUCCAGCAUGGCUACCAGCUCGACGACAAUCCCUACGGCCAGAACCCGUCCGCAUCACAUCUUCAAAUGCCCCUGGGGCCGCCCGGCGGCGUCGGCAGGACGUACAGCCCUGCAGACUCGCUACACAUGCAAACAGCUCAAUCGAUGGAGAACGUCGGCGGCCACUACGACCAGCAGCAGCACGUUGGCUACCAAGACUAUGCUGUUAACCCCGAGGCACACCACGACGGCUACUACAACCAGCCUUACGAGCCGCAGCCCCAGGGAGCGCAACCGGGCUUCGAGCCAGGUUUCGAGUACGAUGACAGACGGCCGAUGUUGCAACACCAAGACUCUAGUAUGAGCGAGGGCUACAGGGACCAACCACAACAGCAGCAGGCAGGUGGUGGGCUGAAGCGCUGGAAGACGGUGAAGGAAGUGCUGUUGUAUCGGGGCAACUUGGUGCUGGACUGCCCUGUCCCACCGAGGCUACUCAACCAGGUUCCACACGGCGACCGUGACGAAUUCACCCACAUGCGGUAUACAGCAGCAACCUGUGACCCAAACAACUUUUACGAAGAGAACUUCACCCUGCGACAGAAGCUCUUCAGCAAGACCAGACACACGGAGCUGUUUAUCGUCAUCACAAUGUACAAUGAGGACGAGAUCCUGUUCGCCAGGACCAUGAUCGGUGUGCUCAAGAACGUCGAGUACAUGUGCAAGCGGACCGAGAGCAAGACCUGGGGUAAAGACGCUUGGAAGAAGAUCGUGGUGUGCGUGGUCAGCGAUGGUCGUGCCAAGAUCAACCCCAGGACGAGGGCCCUUCUCGCUGGUAUGGGUGUAUACCAGGAGGGUAUCGCCAAGCAACAGGUCAACAAGAAAGACGUGACGGCUCACAUCUACGAGUACACUUCACAAGUCGGCAUGCAGAUCAAGAACGACGUGGUCCAGUUGGUGCCCAAGCAGCAGCCGGUCCAGCUGCUCUUUUGUCUGAAGGAGAAGAACCAGAAGAAGAUCAACUCCCACCGAUGGUUUUUCAACGCCUUUGGUCGCGUCCUAGAUCCCAACAUUACCGUUUUGAUCGACGCUGGAACAAAGCCCGGCGGUAACUCCAUUUACCACCUUUGGAAGGCCUUCGACCUCGAGCCUAUGUGCGCUGGCGCUUGUGGCGAGAUCAAGGCCAUGUUGGGUUCAGGCGGCAAGAACCUCUUCAACCCACUGGUUGCAGCCCAGAAUUUCGAGUACAAGAUGAGCAACAUCCUCGACAAGCCACUCGAGUCCGCGUUCGGCUUCAUAUCGGUGUUGCCGGGUGCCUUCUCAGCGUAUCGAUACGUUGCUCUUCAAAAUGACAAGAAUGGCCUUGGCCCUCUGGAGAAGUACUUCGCCGGAGAGAAGCUCGAAGGUGCUGGCGCGGGUAUCUUCACUUCAAACAUGUAUCUCGCUGAGGAUCGUAUCCUCUGCUUCGAGCUCGUCACCAAGCGGAAUUGCCAUUGGAUCCUCCAGUACGUCAAGUCGGCUACAGGCGAGACUGAUGUGCCCGACACUGUCACCGAACUCAUCCUACAACGUCGUAGGUGGCUGAACGGGUCUUUCUUCGCUGCCAUCUACGCUAUUGCACACUUCUACCAGUUCUUCCGCUCGGACCACUCCCUGAUGCGGAAGCUGGCCUUCUUUGCCGAGUUCACGUUCAACACCAUCAACAUGAUCUUCGCUUGGUUCGCUAUCGGUAACUUCUUCCUGGUCUUCAAGAUAUUGACAACGAGUCUGGGCGACGACACGCUCCUGGGCACGGCUGGUAGUAUUCUCGGUGUCGUGUUUGAAUGGCUCUAUGGUAUCUCGCUCAUGACCUGUUUCGUCCUGUCAAUGGGUAAUCGCCCAGCUGGCUCGGGCCCAUACUACAUGGCAAUGGUCGUUUUCUGGGCAAUCAUCUUUAUUUACCUGAUGUUUGCGGCCAUCUAUAUUUCCGUGGUAGCCAUCCAGACCGACAUCAACGACGCCGACGGGUUCAAUGUCGCCGAUCUUUUCAAGAACAAGGUCUUCUACACUUUGAUUGUCUCGGUAAUGUCGACCUACGGAAUCUGGCUGAUCGCCUCCCUGCUCAUGUUUGAUCCAUGGCACAUGAUCACGUCUCUGGGCCAGUACAUGCUGUUGACCCCGACCUUCACCAACAUUCUUAAUGUUUAUGCCUUCUGCAAUACCCACGACAUCUCAUGGGGUACCAAGGGUGAUGACAAACCGGACAAACUGCCAUCUAUCGAACUUAAGGAUGGCCAGGGCAAGACGGAUCUCCCCGACGAGGGCGAUCUGAAUGCCCAGUACGACCGUGAACUGCAGGUGUUCAGUCGUAAGCCCGUCAAGGAGAACAAGCCUCUCACGGCCUCCCAGCUCGACGAAAAGCAACAGGACUACUACCGCGGUGUCCGUACGGUAGUCGUGCUGGUGUGGAUGAUCUCCAAUUUUGCGCUGGUCGCGGUCGUCUUGAGUGCUGCAGGGCUGGAAAAGAUUGGGACCUCGUCGAACACCACGGACCAAGAUGCGGCGGAGGAGGCAGAAACGACCAGGACAACCAUCUAUAUGGCAGUGGUGCUUUACUCCGUGGCUGCGCUCUCGGGGUUCAAGUUCCUCGGCGCGAUGUGGUUCCUCGUGGUCAGGAUGUUUAGGGGCGUCUGA